AUGGUCGUAUGUGCUUUUGUACUAUUGGAUUUGGACUAUAUCGUACAGAUGUACAGAACUAUAUACUUUCGGAUCGCCAGAAGAAGCAGAGAUAGCAGCUUGCAAACUCGAUCCUUGAAAAGAAUCGAACCGCCCGGCGCAGGGGUUCAGAAGUCGCAAAAUGCCAAGCCGGGGAGCCUAGCCAGCCGCAUCGGUGUGCCCAAGCGCUCUGCCUCCACUGGCAAUUUCCGUGGCACCAAGCCCAAGCCAGCUCCGGCAACCGCCCCCUCCACACCAAAGAAACACCCCAUAAACAACCGUCAACCUAAUGCAGAGCGGCUACUGAACGCUCUCCAAUCUGGGUCUGGCCAGGCGACAGUCCGCGCUCCCAGGGGUGGCCUGUCAAUAAAUGGCGCAUCCGGCCCCUUCGUCGUGAUGGGUAGCAACUUUGCGCCAGGCACCACAGCAGCCGAUAGUCAAUCGGCUUUGAAGGCCACAUCGGAUCCAAUGCUCACUUGCCGCGUCAUCUCGCACAAGCCGACUGUCACCGCAAAGUUCGCGUUUGAGAACAAAUGGAAUGCUGGGAAUGUUGUUGCCAGUCUCCACCACCAGCGGGCUGACGGACGCUUGCUCUCCAUGACUUUUAAGCCCACUGCUUCUGCUGCUCUCACCACCAACCACAAUGACCACAGCGACUUGCGAGUACAGGCUGAUCGCGAACGCCAGAAUCAACUGGCAGGACCCACUGUGCAGGAUUGUCGCUUUGGAUUUAUUGGAAAGGCCAAGCCGUCAGACAAGAAGCAGUCCUCCGGGCUGUACAGUGACCAAAUAAUGGUGGAUGCGGCCACCACGGAGGAAUAA